GAUGUCUUCAGAUGUCCCUCUCAGCUGCGUCAACAGUCCGUCUGAUCAGAGGAAACGUCCGACUGAGCAAACUGUUUUCAUCACUUCAUGGCCUCUCCUCCCUCUAACUCACCUGACCACUCACCGCACCUGCUGUCAUUCAGCCGCGAGUCUCCGCCCCCGGUGACGUCACGGGCCAACCUGAGUUUCAGGAUUUGUGACAGAAACGCGUCGAGCGGCUGACAGAAAGCAGCAUGGCGAUGGCGGAGGCGGCGGCGGUUCCGGAGCUGUUCUCAGAGCAGGAGCUGACCUGCUCCAUCUGCCUGGAUCUGUUCGACAAGCCCGUCUCCACCCCCUGUGGACACAACUUCUGUCAGGCAUGUAUUGGCGGUUACUGGGCGUCCAGUUCCGUGUGCACGUGUCCUCUCUGUAAACGCCAGUUUGAUGAACGUCCUCAGCUCAGCGUCAACAAAGUCUUCGCUCUCAUCGCAGACAAAUACAAAGUGGCUCGUUAUGGCGCUGCAGGGUUACCGGUCAGGGACGGACCGCUGGAGAUGACGGGCGCUGUGGCAACGAACGCUGCAGAUGGCGGCGGCACUAACCCAUUUGUGACGGCGUCCAGUGAGGAGGUGGUGUGGUGUGACGUGUGCACGGGCGUUAAAAAGCCCGCCGUCAGCUCCUGUCUCACCUGCACCGCCUCCUACUGCACUGAGCACGUGCAGCCGCACCAGACCACGCCCUUCUAUGCCAAACACCCACUGAUGGACCCCUUGGAGGCCCUCAGGGGCCGCACCUGCCAGACACACCGCCUGCCUGUUUACUGUCGGACAUGUCAGCGCUGCAUCUGUGCCAUCUGCGUCCUGGAGGAACAUCGGACUCACAAAACCGUCUCGGUGCAGACGGAGAGACUCGGCAAACAGAAACAAGUGGCGAGGACGGAGCAGGAGAUCCUGAACCGGAUCAAAGAGAAGGAGAUCCAUGUGAUGGGGCUCAAGAGGAGGCUGGAGGGAGUCAAGAGCUAUGCAGACGGCGAGCGCGGCGAGGUGGAACGCCUUCUGGACGAAGUGUCCGCCGCGUUGGACAGGAUCCGGUCUCAGGUGGUGGGCGGGAUCCAGAACCAGCUGGAUGCCGUGAUGUCGAAGGGGGAGGGGCUGGUGAGCCGUCUGGAGACGGAGCUUAGCCAGCUGAUGGACAGGAGAGCCACGCUUGAGGUCCAGGCCAUCAGUCAGGACCACAUCGGCUUCCUGCAGAGUUUCGAGGAGGCCACAGCUCCUCUGGAGGAGGAGCAGCAGGACGAGGUGGACGAGGACUCCGAGUUCUCGCUGCACUUCCAGCUAGGGGACGUGAAGAGCUCUCUGUCUGAGGUCAAGGACAAGAUGGACGACAUUAGGAUGGUGGAGAUCCAGCCCCGGGGGUCCAGGGGGUCCGUGUCGUCAGGUGACCUGAUGGUGGCAGAGAGCAUGCUCAGUCUGAGAGGAAGCACGGCCAGCCUGAGGAAGAGUCAGUGGUCUCUGAGAGACAUGAAGAAGAUGAAGCCGGUCUCAGGACACAAAAAGGCUCGAGUCUACACGGAGGACGUGACGUUGAACCCGGUGACGGCGUACCCGUUCCUCAUCCUGUCUGAGGACAGGAAGCAGCUGAAGCGUGGCGAGAAGCUGCAGUUCUACAGAAACAGCCAGCAGCGCUUCGACGUCUGGUCCUGCGUCCUCGCCAAGGAGAGCUUCAGCACCGGACGCCACUACUGGGAGGUGUCUGUCGGUGAGAGUAAGGACUGGAAACUGGGCGUGGUCACUGAGUCAGCGCCCAGGAAAGGCCUGUUUGACAUGAGUCCCUCUAACGGAUACUACGCCAUCUGGUGGAGCGGCAGCCAGAUGAGAGCGCUCACCACACCCCCCCUCACCAAGGUGAAGACUCCUGCGAAGCUGCGUCAGGUGGGCGUCUUCCUGGACGUGGAGGAGGGUCAGGUGUCCUUUUAUAACGUCAAGUCGGGCUCAGAGAUCUACAGCUUCACCGGAUCCUCCGAGUUCACCGAGAGGAUGUUUCCUCUGCUGGGGACGGGAGACAAAGAGGUCCCCCUCGUCCUCAUGACCACACAGCACCAACUGGCAUGAGGGACCAAGGACGGGACCAGAGGGGGACACAGGCCGAGACACGGGGGUCCACAUCUGAGAAUAAUAGAGUGGACAGAGACGGAUGUUGGAGGACGUGGAGAUGUCCAGCGGGACAGAAACUGAAUCUGAGCGGAGACCAAACAGGUUCCAGUUUCACAGACGAGGAAACAAAUGGCGCUGCAUCGCUGUGACAAAACAAAUGUUUACUUAGUUUAUCGUUACAAAGAGUUUAAUCGUAAAACAAAUCAAAAUAUCUAUAAUCAAUAACUAAAUAAAGAAAAGUAUACAUAUAACAGAGUGAACUUUGUGUAAUAAUAAAUCUUUAAAACUCAUAAAACACAAAAAUUGUCAUCAUAAUAACAGACAUUUAUUUUAGGGUUGACUUUGUAUUUAAUGUCACUUUUAAUAACAGUGGAGUUGACUCCGCCCCCUCACCUGUCAGCCAGUGGUGAUGAUUCGCUGAUGUCUCACCUGUAUGAGCAAAUCUGUAACAAAAACAGCAAUAAUAAAAAUAAAGACAAACGUCA